AUGUCUCUCAGAGUGAUCCCUCUCGGCGCUGGCCAAGAGGUUGGCAGGAGCUGUAUUAUUUUAUGUAUUGAUGAUAAGAAUAUCAUGCUUGAUUGAGGAAUUCAUAUGGCGAGUGAUCAGAAGUUUCCUAAUUUUAACUUUUUGAAGGAUAAGAAUGUUGGACUAGAUAUAGAAAUUGAUCUUGUGUUGAUUACUCAUUUUCAUAAUGAUCAUUGUGGAGCUUUGCCUUACUUUACAGAACAAUUUGGAUACACAGGUCCCAUCAUUAUGACACACCCAACCAAGGCAAUCAUUCCGCUUAUGUUAGAAGAUGCCAGAAAAAUAGAAGAAAGGGAUGCUAAGAAAUUAUCAAAAUCUUCAAAACAGAAUUAUGGAGGGAUGGGCUCUCAACAAAAGCCUGGAAUUGAAGAAGAAGCUAGAGGAAAUUACCCUUACUCUUAUGGGGAUCCUCCCAUGGCUUCUUCUCCAAAGAAUGAGUCCUCUAUGUUUGAGCCUGGCAGAAUCACCAAAGAGAUGAUUAAUAGAUGCAUUCGGAGAUGAAAGACCAUCCAACUUCAUGAGACCAUGGAAAUCAAUGGGAUCAAGCUGAAAGCAUAUUAUGCUGGCCACGUUCUAGGAGCAGUUAUGUUCUAUAUCGAGUAUAAUGGAAUAUCAGUUGUAUAUACAGGAGACUACAAUAUGACAGCAGAUAGACAUCUUGGAGGAGCCUGGAUAGAGCCUCUUAAGCCAGACCUUGUAAUGACAGAAACCACUUAUGCUAACUCUAUUAGAGACCCUAAGAGAGCUAGAGAAAGAGAGUUCUUCAAGAUCAUUCAUGAAACAUUAGACGGAGGCGGCAAAGUUUUAAUCCCGGUCUUUGCACUUGGAAGAGCCCAAGAACUGUGUAUCCUUCUUGAGACUUAUUGGACCAGGACUGGUAUAAAAUAUCCUAUUUAUUUUGCAGGAGGCUUAACUGAGAAAGCGAAUUUUUACUAUAAAUUAUUUACAAAUUGGACAAAUGAAAAGAUCAAGAAAUCUUUCGUGUCUGAGGGAAAGAAUUUGUUCGAGUUCAAACAUGUUAAAAACUUUGAACAGCAUAUGGUUAAUUCUUCAACUCCAAUGGUCCUUUUUGCUACACCAGGAAUGAUGAACACUGGAACCUCCUUGAAUAUCUUUAAAGAAUGGUGAGGAGAUGAGAAGAACACAGUCAUUAUUCCAGGAUACUGCUCUCCAGGAUCAGUUGGAAACAAGGUCCUCAACAUGAAAAAGAAGAUUGAAAUUGACAAGAAGAUGUAUAACAUCAACUGUAAAGUAAUGUCAAUGUCUUUCAGUGCUCAUGUUGACUCCAAAGGUAUCAUGGAGUUUCUAAACUACCUCAAACCAAAUAACAUCAUGCUUGUCCAUGGUGACAAGGAAGGAAUGUUAGAUUUGAAAAAGAAAGUUACAGAGGUCUUGAAGAUUAACUGUCUUGAUCCAGAAAAUCAUUCUAUAACUACAAUCCCUGUUCUUAAGAAGAUCCCUUUCAAGAUCUCUCUCAAUCUGCUGAAUUAUUAUUAUGCCAAUUCUUCAUUGGCCGAGAGUGACUUUGUGAUUCCAAACGUAAUCUUAUCAGAUUUUUGCAAGAAGAACAAAAAGGCUAUUUUCCAGACAAGUGCUGAGUUUGUCUAUCACCAUUACAUGAAACUCCAGAAUGGAGACUACAAUAAAAAUCAGAUAGAAGAUGACCUUGAUAAAAAGAUGGAAGAUAUAGAAGAGGACAAAGAAGAAGACAUUGAAACCAUCCUUAAUUCAAGCACCAGGUAUUUCAGAGUGAGAGUCUUGAUAAAAUGGAACCAAUGGUUCUUCUACAAAAGCACUCUUGAUCAGUUCAAGAUCGAUCUUAAGGAGGCAUUUCUAAAUAAGACAAAGAUCAACGCCGAUAGAGAGAAUCUUAGUACAAAGCUAGAAGAAAUCUUUGAGUCUUAUAUCACCAUUGAGACCAGAGAGCCUGACCUUCUUGAAGAAUCUGAGGAGCCUAAGGGCAAUUUCUAUGUAGAAGUUUGCUACAACUUGAUGGAAAGGAAAUUAGGAGAGCUACUCACCUCCUCAGUGAAAGCUAUAAUUACAGCACAGAAUGAGAAAUAGCCUGAUUAAAAUAAUUCCAUACUUAGAAUAUAUCGUGG